AUGGUCUUCAAGCCGGAUUUUUCGUUCAACCCUCGUCCAGUAACACCUGGCGCGAUCAUCUCAAGACCCUGUUCGCCAAAGGCCAGUCUUGAUAGGAAACCACAUAAGGUGGAGGAUGGUGAGGUUUCUCCAUCAAGCAAAAAUAUUUCAAUCAUGUCAUCGUCACCAUGGUCUUCAAAGCGAUCUUCAAUGACGUCCAUUGCUUCAUUGAAGAAGCAAAAUUACCAAAAUUUACCUCUAGCAUUUGAAGAUGAACUUAUUCCUUCACCUGCUGCCACUUUGAUUGAGGAGGAUGAUGAGUUUUCGGAGUACAGCGACGAAGAAGUAGAAGUUGUUGGGAGGAUAGAAAAGAUUGAGAAGAUGAGAAUCAAGGAACAGGGUCCCCUUUCAAUCAACACAAAAACUUCCAUAUUCAAAGGAUUCCACCCAUUCCAAUUCCAUAGCAGCAAGAAGAGGGACGAUACUCCACCAAGCCCUGUAGUUCCAGUCGCACGAACACCUAUAACACCUAUACCUCUUACACCAAACGCUCGUGCGACAGCACAUUCUCGAUUCCGGCUUUUCAAAUCAGCUCCCAAGCGCAACAAGAGCGUCAGUCGCCGACCACCACCUCCACCACUCAAUCUUCAGGCCCCGAAGAAGGUAUCGCCUCCAUUUUCCAUCAGAAAGGUUAAUGAGCCUGUUCCUCCCCUAGAACCAGCAAUCGUACUGGACACUUCGAUGCUCGCCCCGGAAGAGUACGACUUUUCACUAUCUCCAGAAGCUGGCGUACAAUUGCUUUCUCAAACCCUUGAAGAGGAUUGUGACGAUGAAUUUCAAGAGAAAGAGGAAAUCUACAGAAGUUACAGUUAUCAGAACGAAGAACCCACUCACCGAGAAAUCCCACAGUUGGAAGAAGUCACCCCCAUAUAUUUGGCAAGCCCUUGGUUUGAUGCAUCCAGAGGAGUAUCACCGAUGCCAAAAGCCAUAGAAGUAGACACCACAGCCAUCAAAUUCCCUAAAACAUACCUCCCAAUACCACAAAACAUCUUCGAGAGUAUUCCAAGCUCUCCCAUCUUCUCACCCUUGGCACCAAAGGAUAACAUCACCAUAUCAGUACCUGAAUAUAAAGAGAUAUUGGAGUCAUCAGAUCUAACUACUCAGCUCCCGUCACCCCGUUCAACAACAUCAUCGUUUCUAUAUGAUGAAGACGAUGCGUCAUCUGAUAUCGAGGACUCGCCGGCGCUUGUCUACACGAAAAGGCCUUCGGUUCCUAAUUCGCGGAAAUCUUCCAUUGCAACAUUUUUCUGCCGCGGCGGACAAAACGCGAUGCAAGCCCGCAACGACUCUAUCGGAUUUGGGGGGCUCACCGGCGAUCAAGUCAAGAUCAUCGAUGAUGCCGAGUCGAUCUAUUACCCAGGUAUCAGCUCUUUGAAGAUAAAGACAUCCUGGCUCUACAACAGCCCAACUGGAAAUUACUCCUCAGACGAGGAUGAUAGUGACAGCGACUAUGGUGUCGAGGAGGAGGCCUACCCAAGGAGGUCGCUACCAAUCACUCCAAUGCACAGAAAACCAAGCAUGACAAGCUCGCUCACAUCCACCCCGGAACUGAUGUUGUCUUCAGCAUCAUCGGUUUCUUCAUAUGGUCAGAUACUUUCGACUCCACCGAGGAGAAUGGAUCGGAGGAGGACAGCAAGCUCAGAUUGUAUGAUGCUCGAGGCACUGGAGGAGAUGGAGGCAGCAGGGUUGAAACAUCAGUCGGAGGAGAAUUCAAAAGGACUUGGGCUUUUUGAGGAUUUUGAUAUCAGUUCCGAAUGGGCUGACACUUUAUGGGAGAUGGAUGUGGAAGAACAGGUGGCUGGUUGGAGUUUGGCAACACCACAAGUGCCGCUUAUUGGAAUUGCACGGUGA